CACACCAAACCAAACUCUUUCAUUAAACUAAAACCCCAUCUUUUUAUAUGGCAGUUGAUUCCCCACAUUUGAAUUUGUGCUCUCCACAAAUUUUGUCUAACUGCAGAGAUAUGAAUGAAGAAGGAAACAAUAAUGUGUACGGAAAUGGUAUGAAGUUUGGAAUGAUGGAGAAUGAAAUGGUUAACAAUCCAAUGUAUGUUUCUUCUAUGAUGAUGAGGAUGAUGGAUGUGAUUCCGCCAUCCGCAGAUAGCGGACUCACGUGUAGUUUUCCUGUUUCUAGGAAACGUUCACAUGAUACCUCGUCCGUUUUGUCAUUUCAAAACGGACAGGUUGUGAAUUAUAAUGAUCAGAUAAAUAAUGUCCAAAACGAAACGUUUGCGUUUCUUGGUCAUGAUGUUUCCAUGCAGAUGUAUCAACAACAAGUCGAGGUUGAUCGGUUCAUUGCAAAUCAUAUGGAAAAGGUGAGAUUGCAAAUUGAAGCGACACGAAGGAGGAAUUCGAUGAGAUUAAUAGUAGCAUUCGAAGAAGGAAUCAAGAAGAAACUAAGAUCAAAAGAGGAAGAAAUCGCGAAAAUUGGGAAAUUGAAUUAUGCAUUAGAAGAAAAAGUAAAGUCUCUAAACAUAGAGAGCCAAAUAUGGCAACAAAUGGCACAAACAAAUGAAGCAACAGCCAAUGUUUUAAGACGAAACCUUGAACAAACAUUAACACAAAUCCAACAUCAACAACAACUCCAACAGUUUCGAUACAACGAGGACGUUGAGUCGUGCUGCGGAAGUAAUUACGAAGAAUUACAAAACACCCAUGAUCAACAAAGUAAGCAGAUAUUAGUGGUAAAUAAUGAUGAUGAUGAUCAAGAAGAUAUUAACUACACAAAGAAAAAGGACAAUAAUGAUAAUAAUAAUGGCAACAGCAACAGAUGGUGCAGAAAUUGUGGGAAAAGGGAGUUAAGUGUAUUACUGCUGCCUUGCAGGCAUUUGUGUAUCUGUACUUUAUGUGAAUCCUCCAUCAACUUCUGUCCAAUCUGUAAAUCUACCAAAAAUGCCAGUCUUCAUGUUAAUAUGAGUUAAAUUUUUAUACA